AGUUGAUGUAAAGAAAAGAGGAAGGAAUCAGCAGAAUCAGGCUUUCUGGAGUAAGGAGAUACUUGGAAAAUCAGUGGAUGCUAAUUUGGAGAACAGCCCUCUCUGUCCCUAUAUAACAGGGUGCAGAACACUGAUUCUACACACACACUACACUUUCUACAGCCGUGACUGUCUGUGUGUGAAAUCAGAGAUUCUGCUAAAAUGAGGAACCUGUCUGCUCUGCUGUUUGUGCUGCUGCUCUGUUCUCUCCAGCUGGUCUCUAGUGGUCCUGAUCUUAACCCUGCAGACUGCUGUUCUAAACUGAUUCAGGUGAACUUGCCCCUCAAGCACAUCGUGUCCUACAACUGGAGCAGAAGCGAUUGCUCCAUCAAAGCUGUGGUCUUUAAGAUGAUUAGUGGAAAGGAGAUAUGUGUGGAUCCUGCCUCUGACUGGGUCAAUGACCACAUGAAAGCAGUGGACCAGAGAACAGUAUCUACUACUGGAAACCCAACAUCUACACCUGCUACUUGAAAUACAACAUCCUCCAAACAUUGAAGAUGACCAGCUAAAGGCUAUGAAAUGUCUAAGAUUUUAUAUCACAUACACACUGUAUAUAAGUACAUAUAACCGUCUACCAUGAGGGACUAUUUAUCUUAAAUAUUGGUAAAAUAUUGGUAAAAGUCUUUUUUUUUAUAAUAAAGUCAGUUUUUCAAAAAUGCA